CCCGAAUCAGCGCAGAUCCGCGAUUGGUCGACGCCUCCUCCCCCUUCUCCUUCCCCGCGUCGCUCGGCCCCGACAAUUUUCCCCCAAAUCCCCCUCCACCUCCCCCGACCUCCUCCGAAUCCGCGACCCCCGCCGCCCCGGCAAGCGCCGCCGGCCGCCGCUCGCCGCCGUACGACCUUCCCCUUUCCGAAUCGCAGCGGUCACCGCCGGCCGCCGCCCCCCGGCGUGGCCCCGCGGGGAUUCUAGGGUUUCGGGCGGGCCGACCCCACGGGUCCCUCCCAAUUCGCGGGCCCGGCUCCACGCCCCGGCGCCCCCCGCGGCCCCGGACCGGCGCGCGCGGCGUCUGAUCGCUGCUGCAUGGUCGUCGCCAGCUGCCCCCCGCGUGGGCGCCAGCGCUCGCUCGUGCUGCGCUGACGCAUGACACCGCUGGGGCUCUGUGCGGGAUGACCUGAGGUUUGGCUGGCAGCGAAGAUGAAUGUGGGGCAGGCUGCCCACCUGUCCGGGCAGAUGUCCGGGCAGGCAGCGCAGAUGAAUCAGGUCGCCAACAGCGGUGUCGGCGUUGGUGUUGGCGGUGCCGACGGGCUCCAGCAGCACCAGCCGAUGCAGGAUAUGGCGUCCCUCACAGGAACAGACCAGCAGUUUGUCAUGCUACGCACCACUAUGCGCGAUAGGAUAUUCGAGUGUCUAGGAAGGAAACAAUUAUCAGCUGAGUGGCGGAAGCGGUUGCCGGAACUGGCGAAGCGGCUCGAGGAGAUGCUGUUUAGGAAAUUCCCAAAUAGGAAUGAAUACUACAAUAUGAUGAAUGGACCAGUUGAGCCACAAUUGCAAUUUGCUAUUAAGACCCUGAGUGCUCAGAACCAACAAAAUCAACAAAACCCACAAAUGUCAAGGCAAAUAGCAUCUUCCUCUGGCUAUGGAACGAUGAUUCCAACACCUGGUAUGACACAAGGCACCAGUGGAAAUUCUAGGGUUCCUUAUGUCUCAGACAACAAUACUCUUUCAUCAUCUGGUGCAGGCAUGGUUCCUCAGAAUGCCAACAUGGGUACCUCGAUGCCAGGCUCUAUGUCUAACGGGUACCAGCAUUCAAAUAACACCAUUACACAAAAUUCUACCCCAAAUAGCAUCCAAUCAGCAAUGGGUUCAGUUGGUGUUCAGCGACAACUACCUCAUAUGAUCCCAACUCCAGGAUUCAGUAAUCAACAGAAUGUACCUGUCAAUCCUGAGUAUUCAAAUGGAACUGGAUAUUUCAAUGGUGAUUCAGCUGUGGCACCACAUAUGCAGCACCAGAAGCAAUUUUCUAGCAACCAAAAUAGCAAUCAAAUUCAGCACAUUGGGGGCCACAGUAAUUCUGGAAUACAUUCAAGCAUGCUGGACAACUCAUCUGCAUAUGGUUUAUCAGAUGGGCACAUGAAUGGUGGAAUUGGAUUGCAUGGGUCAAACAUGCAGCUAACAAACAGGACUACGGCACCAGAAGCAUAUAUGAACAUACCCCCCUAUGGCAGUUCGCCCAAACCUCUGCAGCAACAAUUCAAUCAGCGCUCUCAGCAGAGAAUACCGACAUCAGUUGAUAUGGCUGGUUCCGGCAGCUUUUAUGCUACUGGCUCUACACCUUUAACCACAGCAAAUAGUCAGAGCAUGAAUGUUGCAAAUUUGCAGUCUAGAUCAAGAAUGAAUCCAAUGUUGGUUAACAAUCAGUUAAACAUUCAGUCCAUUCAACCACAGCCUCAGAUAAAAACUGAGGUUUUGGAUCAACCAGAAAAGGUGAAUUUUCAGUCAUCACAGUUGACUCAUGACCAACUAAUACGCCAGCACUCAAUGCCGCAACAUCAGGUGCAGCCUAAUUCCCAGUUUGUUCAAAAUCAGUAUCAUAUAAGUCAACAGCAGCCAAAUCCACAGCAUCAGCAGGCUAUGCUGAGGAGCAAUUCCUUUAAACAGUCUCAAAUGGCUUCCAGCCAUUCAAUGCAACUGUCAGAACAGGGGACUCUGCCACACACUGAAUUGGUAUCUUCACAAGCUAGUGAUCCUGUUGAUAUUCCAAGCUUCCAGGGUCAAUACCAGCAAAGAAAUGCUCUUGACAAUGUUAAAGGAGGGCAGAUGUUUGGUCAUCUAUCCGGCUCUCAAAAUUUUCAUGCUUCUGCCUCACAUGGUUCACAGCAAUUGUUGCCCUCUAAUCCGCAGCUUGAUGACGGUUCCAAUGAUGUAAGCUACGUGCUGAAAGGAUCACAGACAGAGCAAAUUCUGCGGCCUCAGUGGCAGCCACAAACAACGGAAAAGGCUCCUGUGACUACUAAUUCAUCACUUGAAAAGCAAAUACAUGAAGAUUUUUGUCAAAGUACCAUGGCCCAGGAUGGGGUGCAACAACCAUUUUCAUCUGAUUGGCGUCUUUCUCAUUGCACUGUGACUUCAAUUGAUCCUGCAGUGCCAAAGCCCCUAGCUGGAGGAUUUGAGCAGGUCACUGGAAAUAUCCAUUACCUCCGUCAGAUAAGGUGGUUGCUGUUACUGUUUCAUGCAAAAUCAUGCACAUAUCCUGUUGGGAGUUGUAAGUUCCAUGGCUGUGUUCAGGUGCAAGAGCUUUUGAAGCAUUUUCAGAACUGUCAAAGAAAAGAUUGUUCGUACAGGAGCUGCAGUAGGUCAAAAAUGGUGUCUCACCAUUAUAAAACUUGUGUCGAUGAGCAGUGUCCUGUAUGCAGCGUUGUAAGGAAGUUUUUGCGCCAAUCAACUGAACAGGCAGCUAAGCAAAAAGCUCUUGAGUCUAGAAAACUUGCUCAACAAAAUGUGACCCAAAGAAUCAUGAAUGGGGUAGAAGGUGAUAGAAUGGAUGUUGACCCAGUGUCAGCUGAAGUAUUUGAUGAUCAACCAUCUGUACCAAAACGUUUGAAAAUGCAGCCUCCAUCACCCAGUGCUCCAGCGAAUGAUAUCUCUCUAACCUCCAAUCCUCAUGUAAACCCAGGCUUUGUACUGCAGGAAACACAGCCUGAGCUUGAGCACAGUAACAGAGCAACAUAUCCGAAACGGGAGGUAGAUAUAAAGGCUGACAUGCGAGCUCCGCAAAAGCCCAUAAAAAUUGGUUAUGGUAUUGAUGGAAAUGUGACUACAAGGCAUAAUAUGAUUAGUGGUGUUCCCAAUGAGAUGAACUCUCAUAUCAAGCAAGAAAACUUGUCCAUUGAUAAAGAGACAAGUGAAACGGCUCUUGAGGUUAAGAAUGAAACAGAUGAUCCAGCAGAUGCCACAGUGUCUAAAUCAGGAAAACCAAAAAUAAAAGGUGUCUCAUUGACUGAAUUGUUCACUCCAGAGCAAAUAAAGGAACAUAUUGACAGUCUGAGGUUGUGGGUUGGUCAGAGUAAGGCUAAAGCUGAAAAGAAUCAAGCUAUUGGUCACUCUGAGAAUGAGAACUCUUGCCAGCUCUGUAGAGUGGAGAAACUUACUUUCGAACCUCCACCAAUAUAUUGUUCUCCUUGUGGAGCUCGGAUAAAGCGAAAUGCACCAUACUACACUGUAGGUACUGGUGAUACACGCCAUUAUUUCUGUAUCCCUUGUUACAAUGAGUCUCGUGGUGAGACUAUUGAGGUUGAGGGCCAAGCAUUUUUGAAGGCCAAAUUAGAGAAAAAAAGAAAUGAUGAGGAAACGGAAGAAUGGUGGGUUCAGUGUGACAAGUGCGAAUGCUGGCAACAUCAAAUUUGUGCUCUAUUUAAUGGCAGAAGAAAUGAUGGAGGACAAGCUGAAUAUACUUGCCCCAAUUGCUAUGUUGAGGAGGUGAAAUGUGGGCUACGCAAGCCUUUACCACAGAGUGCUGUUCUUGGGGCAAAAGACCUGCCAAGAACUGUUCUUAGUGAUCAUAUAGAAGAUCGGCUCUUUAAACGGCUUAAGCAGGAGAAACAGGACCGUGCAGCUGCUGCCGGGAAAAAUAUUGAUGAGAUUCCUGGAGCGGAAGGUCUUGUGGUCAGAGUUGUUUCAUCUGUGGAUAAGAAGCUGGAGGUUAAAUCACGUUUUUUGGAAAUUUUUUCAAAAGACAACUACCCUAAGGAGUUCCCUUACAAGUCCAAGGCUGUUCUCUUGUUCCAGAAAAUAGAAGGUGUGGAAGUAUGCCUAUUUGGAAUGUAUGUUCAAGAAUUUGGUGCAGAGUGCUCUUUCCCAAACCAGCGCCGUGUUUAUUUGUCAUACUUGGAUUCUGUUAAGUACUUCAGACCUGAGAUUAAAACAGUGUCUGGAGAGGCCUUACGUACAUUCGUGUAUCAUGAAAUUCUGAUAGGAUAUCUUGAAUACUGUAAGCAGCGGGGAUUCACAAGCUGUUACAUAUGGGCUUGCCCACCUUUGAAGGGUGAAGAUUACAUCUUAUAUUGCCAUCCUGAGAUUCAAAAGACUCCAAAAUCUGACAAACUGCGUGAGUGGUACUUGGCCAUGCUGCGUAAAGCUUCUAAGGAGGAAAUUGUUGUUGAGCUGACCAAUCUCUAUGAUCAUUUCUUCAUUACUAUGGGGGAAUGCAAGGCGAAGGUGACUGCUGCUCGCUUGCCGUACUUUGAUGGAGAUUAUUGGCCAGGAGCUGCAGAAGAUAUGAUCACUCAACUCCUUCAAGAAGAAGAUGACCGCAAGCUUCAGAAGAAGAGUAAGACAAAGAAGAUUAUUACAAAAAGAGCUCUUAAAGCUGCUGGCCACACAGAUCUCAGCGGGAGUGCUUCCAAGGAUGCUAUGCUGAUGCAAAAGCUUGGUGAAACCAUAUAUCCUAUGAAGGAAGAUUUCAUUAUGGUCCAUUUACAGUAUUCAUGUAGUCAUUGCUGUAUCCUUAUGGUGUCAGGAAGACGUUGGGUUUGCCAUCAAUGCAGAAGCUUUUACAUCUGUGACAAGUGUUAUGAUGCAGAACAACAACUUGAAGACAGGGAGAGGCACCCGAGUAACAGUAGAGACACACAUAUGCUCCAUCCGGUUGAUAUUGUCGGGGUGCCUAAAGAAACAAAAGAUAGAGAUGACAUCUUGGAAAGUGAGUUUUUCGACACCAGGCAGGCAUUUCUCAGUCUUUGUCAAGGAAACCAUUAUCAGUAUGACACACUUCGCCGUGCGAAGCAUUCAUCAAUGAUGGUGUUGUACCACCUACACAAUCCAACUGCACCAGCAUUUGUCACUACAUGCAAUGUCUGCUGUCAUGAUAUUGAAACUGGUCAAGGCUGGCGGUGUGAAGUUUGUCCAGAUUUCGAUGUGUGCAAUGCUUGUUUCCAAAAGGGAGCGGUCAAUCAUCCUCACCCGUUAACAAACCAUCCAUCAGCUGCAGACCGUGAUGCCCAAAAUGCAGAAGCUCGGCAAAUGCGUGUUCAACAGCUAAGGAAGAUGCUUGAUCUUCUGGUACAUGCAUCGACAUGCCGCUCUGGUAGUUGCCAGUAUCCUAACUGCCGGAAAGUCAAGGGACUAUUCCGCCAUGGGAUGCAAUGCAAAACACGUGCUUCAGGAGGGUGUGUCCUUUGCAAGAAAAUGUGGUACAUGCUUCAACUCCAUGCCCGAGCUUGCAAAGAUGCAGAUUGCAAUGUGCCGCGGUGCAGGGAUCUCAAGGAGCACCUUAGAAGGUUGCAACAGCAGUCUGAUUCCAGGAGGAGGGCUGCUGUAAAUGAAAUGAUGAGGCAAAGAGCGGCGGAAGUCGCCGCAAAUGAGUAGUCGCGUCUGUACAGGUAUACUUUGUGGAAAGAGGAUAGGAAGUAUGCAGGGUUGCACUCCUCACUCCCACACCAAGGGGAAAGCUUGGGAUGGUUGAAUUAUAGGAUGUAGGUAAAGAACAGCCGCUUCGCAUGGAUUCUUCCGACCAAGGUCUAGGGCAUCCUCAGCCUAUGGCCGUAUAGGCUCGGGAGCCUGUGCGCCUUCCUCCAAAAGAGCUGAAGCAGAAGGGUGCAGCACCGUAGGCUGUAACUGUUUGUCUGCACCCCCUCCAGUGCUAACCAGCUCCACCCUGCUUCCUGUGCUGAUGUUGUCGUUGCCGUCAUCGUCGACAGGACGCAACCCUUGGGCGUGGUGAUUCUUUGAUUUGACCUGUACUAGCUGAACUGAUCUUUCUUGUUGCUGCUUGCUGAUGGUGUAUAAUAGGUGUCCCUGAACAGUGUCAGUCAUGUAUUGCUGAAAAAUUUGGUGUAGAUGUUUCCCUCUCCAGUUUCUUCUUGUCCCAGUCCAGGAGAGGGAUAUAGGUUAAAAAAGGGUAAAAGGGACGGGCGUUAUUGGACAAGUAUUUGUUUAUUUCUGCCCCCCAUUUUGUAGAACGCAUCUUUGUUUAAAGUAUAAAGCAAAGUAAAUCCACCAUCUCGUCUCUUUUUGAA